AAAAUUGUUUUAUUUUUAUUUGAAUUGUGUGUGUUUUUUUAGCUAAGCGAAUGCUGGUCACACUUGCAGGCAGCUGCAUCGAUUGCUGCUUGCUUGAUCGAUUAUCGACCGACCGCCACAUUCAGCUGCCGCUCAGCUGAUGCAGUUUGGGCACACUCUUCAAGUGCAGCUUAAUUGUGAUCUUUUGCUUAGCCGGCUUGACUUAAUCUCCUAAUUAAAACUGUUAAUUAUAAGCUUUGCUAGAUAUAUCAGCCAGUGCAAUUUGCCUUUCAAGCGGCUUAGCUUAUCGCAGACAAAUGACAACCAGCAGCAGCAGCAGCAGCAGCAGCAGCAGCAGAGCUCAACAAAAUCGUGCCAAGCUGCUGCAACAACGAGCAAAGUGAACAACAAACACAAGAACUAAUAUAAACAAGAACUAACCGCAAAAAGCCAACCGCAACAACAAACCACAAUCGGCAAAAUCAUCAACACUGGCGCGACAGUCCGGCCAGUCCUUCCAGGCUGCCCAGCGGCCAAACGAGUGAGAGCGAAAGAGAAGGAGAGUAACUGAGAUUCGUUCGUGUCAGUUGCAAUUUUGACAACGCCAACGAACCGCAAACACCCGCGCAAAAGUCAUGACAACUGCUGCAGCAUCAGCAUCAGCUUCUGCUCCUGCGCCUGCCACGCCUCCAUCUCCGCCUGCGCCUCAAGCUAAGUCGCUAAACGCGCUGCUGCACUUGCCCGCAGAGAUGGAGUUGAGCCAAAUUGAGUUGAUCUAUCGGGCGGAGGGUAAUGCAAAUUUGGUGCUGGCAUUGCCGCAAUUUAAAAAAGUUUUACGUUUGCCAAAAAUGAUAUCCAGCAGCAGCAGCAGGAGUCGUUGCUGCCAGGCGGCCAGCGCAGACCAACCGGAAGGACAGCAACCCAGCGUUUCCGACCCAAGCGAAGCAUCCAGCUCAAAAGCUGGCGCCUUGACAAUGCCCGAUUUUAUGGCUUAUAUCGAGAUAAUGCGCCGUCUAUUAGGAAAUGAGUUUGUCUGUGCAGCGGAUAUUGUUGCCAUACCAAAGGAAAGCGAUAGAUGCUGGAUAAACGAGCACAUACGCCAGCACAGGCCGGCUUCGCGUCUGGAUAAGGAAUUUGUGGGGCCAUUCGGUCUGCUGCUGCCAGAUGUGACCCAAUUGCCUGCCACAUUCGAUGUUUUACUUGCCAAUUUACAGGCAAAGGACAUGAACAUGGACACGGACAUGGAUGCGGACAUAUGCAGCAGCAGCAGGAGUAGGAGCUGCACUACCGACAGUAGCUGUGGAGUAAGCCGUCUGGGCGAUACAUAUGCCAUCGAAAUAAAACCGAAGCAGGGCUGGCUCCAGUUGCCAAGUGAUGUCAGCGAUUUAUUUGAUUUAAUGCCAACUGGCGACGACACAAUGGACCCGACCAGCGAACCUGAACCACAACCCGAACCCCAGGCUGAACCUGAACCUGAACCGGAACCCAAGCCGGUAAAGGCAAACGAAUCGACGGCGAAGAAGGUGCGGCCAACGGUUGAUGCGUUGUUAAAGCCAGACAAAUGCAGGUGUCGCUAUUGCAGCAUGCAGGUGGUAAAGCUGCACUUGGGUAAAAUCAAGCGUUUGGGCCAAUAUUGUCCAUUGCAUUUGUUCUCCGGGGCUCCUGGUCGUAUGCUCGAUGCCUUGAAUGCACUCUUUGCUUGUCCGCAAAAUAAUUUACGUGUAUUUCAGAGCGGGAAUUUAAUUUAUGGCGAUCACGCGAAUUCGAUUUCCUGCGAGCAGCUCCACACUCAACUCUUCCCCGGUGAAAUUAUGGCGCUUAUAAAACAUUUGUUGGUCGCCUGCCUGCUUAGGGAAUACAGCCAGGAGGAGAAGAAAGAGGAGCAGCAGGAGCAGGCAGCGAAUGAAAGCCAAAGCCACGUGGCUGCUGCUGCUGCUGCAUUUGGGAAAUCGACAUUCAAACGCUGUGGCAUGAAGACAAAGCCAACCGAAACUAUAGAAAUUGGCAGGGCAAAGCACGUAGCGAACCAGCAGGACCUGGAGCAGGAGGAGGCGAGCAUAGUUGACUUUGUCAAAGCUGUUGGUGGUCAGCCGCAGCGGCGAACAGCUGCUGCUGGAACAGCCAGCCCAAGGUACACAAAGCGUACCAAAAUGACAACAACAGCAAUGCCAACACAAACAGCAACAACAACAACAACAACGAGGCCAGCGAAUGUGGCAACACGAAUAGCAAUGGAAACGGAAACGGAAGCGGAAACAACGUCGACAGCGUUGGCUACUCUGAACCCAGCGCCGCAACUUGUCGCGUCUCCCCUGGCGCCCAGCGAGACUCAAGCAGGGAUCAGCCAGUCGGAAAUAUUUCACUUACCCAAAAAUUGUGUUUUGCAAAAAAUUUUGCAUUUGCAAUUGUUGGUCAAGCGACAUUUUCAUUAUAUGUGGGCGCAAGGAUAUGCCCAGCAGGGCACGCGCAGCUACAAGGCGCUGCGGGCACUGCUCGCCAGCUGUCAGCCGGACAAUGUGCAGGAGCUGGCCGAGGAGCAGGCUUAUAUGCUGGGCGCCACGGCGCUCGAUUGUUCCAUAAUGCUGACAUUUCAGGAAGUGCAAUGUCAGGCGAAGCAUCACAGUGCUCUGCAGCCUUGGCUCGUUUCGCUGCAGGGCCGUCAAUUUCUGACCAAGCUGAGCAUCUUAGAUCUGGAUCCGAAGCCCGACAGCCAUUUUCACAAAUAUAUAAAGCAAACGCGUCAGAUUGAAAAGUUUUGCGGCGCAUUUAAUUAAUUAAUAAAGUCGCGCGGCGAAACUAAACCCAAAAUCAUUAACAAAUUCACAGCGCACAAAACUGUGCUACACUUUUUGUUCGUUGGCUAAAUGAGCAAAUUCCUUGCGCCCUUUGUUGUGGAGAUUAAUU